AUGAAUGUGGAUCCGGUGAAAGAAGAAAAGAUGGAUUGCGUCGAUCUGCAAACACCGAUGGCUCGAAAGAUGAGCAAUGAAUGGAGUGUCAAGAAAUCCUCUACUAGGUCCGAACUAGUUUCAUCGAUUGAAACAACACAUCAUGAAUAUGAUCCAUAUGCAAUUCUUGGCCUUGAUGCGGGUGCAGAUGUGGCUGAAGUGAAGAAAAAAUAUCGUGACCUCUCAAAGAAGCAUCACCCUGACAGGGGAGGCGAUCCUAUCGAAUUUGACAAAAUUGCUAAAGCAUACCAAGCAUUGACUGAUGAUGAGGCAAGGGAAAAUUGGGAGAAAUAUGGAAAUCCGGAUGGGCCAACAGCGAAAACGUUUGGAAUUGCUCUCCCAAAGUGGCUCGUUUCAAAAGAAUACGGUCUCUGGGUGCUCGCUUUUUACGGCUUGAUCUUCAUGAUUGUUUUGCCCGUUGGAGUGGGUUUUUGGUGGUAUAAUUCGAUCAAGUAUAACCACGACAAAGUGCUUCUGGAUACAACGCAAUUGUUCUUCUACUUUUUGCAUAAAACACCAAAGAUGGAGAUUAAUAGGAUGUUGAUGGUUCUUACGGGUGCUUUGGAGGUUUGGAAAGAACACAACAAGGAAAUUGUUGAAAGAGAAACUGACGAUUUCACUUUACCCACACUGAUGAAACAUUACCCAAAUCUUGGAGAAAACAAGAAGGAAAAACCGCUUUCUUUUCCGUAUGCACUAAAGGCUAGAAUUCUUGCAUAUGCUUACUUAGGACGCCAUGAUCUCGAAAAUGAUGAUUUAGAUGUCGAUCAGAGAUACAUAAUCUCCCGUGUGCUCCGAUUGGUUGAGGAAAUGAUAUCUUGUACACAACAACUCACGUUUUACUCACAGGCUAAAGUUCCCUUUGAAACAAUGAAAAAUGUUUUCAAGUUGAUGCCCAUGGAGCCGUGGCCUAGAACCAAAGAGUCGGUCUCGGGGGCAUCCGAAGCGGAAGAUACGAAUCGAGAAGAUCUUGAGGAAGACCACGAAGAAAGUGAUAUUGAAGAAGAUUGGUCGAAGCCAGACAAAAAUCUUUUUGAAACCAAAACAAGAGAAACGCAUACCGUUCACGCUCCUUAUUACCCGUCAGAAAAGUUUGAAUGGUGGUGGUUGACACUUGCAUUCAACGACAAGAAGCAAAGACGCUUGUGUGCUCCGGUUACCCCGUGCAAAACACUUAUUGAUACUCAAACCUUUGACCUGAAGUUCACAGCGCCAGAAGAAAAGGGUGUUUAUUCGUUUACAUUGGGCGUUCACUCCGACUCGUAUAUGGAUGCCGAUUACAUGAUGGAUAUCAAGCUUGAUGUGAAAGAAGCAAAACAGGCACCGCCCGUCAAAUAUGAAGACACAGAAGAAGAAGAAGAGCAGAUUGAGGCUUCUUCGGAUGAAGAAUACACGGAGGAUGAUGAUUCUGAA